AUGGUGUCUCUUGCACUUGAACUGACUGGCAUCAGUCUUUCAGUGCUCGGUUGGCUGCUGAGUGUGGUCAGCUGCGCCUUGCCGAUGUGGAGGGUCUCCGCCUUCAUUGGCGCCAACAUCGUCACAGCUCAGGUGUACUGGGAAGGCCUGUGGAUGAGCUGCGUCUUCCAGAGCACGGGGCAGAUGCAGUGUAAGGUCUACGACUCUAUGCUGGCCUUACCUCAGGACCUGCAGUCUGCCAGGGCACUCACUGUCAUCUCAAUCAUCCUGGGAUUGUUGGCUCUCCUCAUCUCCAUGGUGGGAGCGAAGUGCACCAACUGCAUCGAGGCAGAGGGAGCAAAAGCCAGGGUGAUGGCUGCCUCCGGUGGGGCGUUCAUCACAGCAGCUCUCACCCAGCUGGUGCCCGUCUCUUGGUCCGCACACACCAUCAUAAUUGAGUUCUACAGUCCUAUCGUCCCAGAAGGCCAGAAGAUGGAGAUCGGGGCAGCCAUGUCAAUGGGUAUGGAGAUUGUGGGCAUUGCCCUCGGAGCCAUUGGAUUUAUAAUUGCAAUAGUUACAUGUGCCCUGCCAAUGUGGAAGGUGACAGCCUUCGUCGGAGCCAACAUCAUCACUGCUCAGACCAUCUGGGAGGGUUUAUGGAUGAACUGUGUCACCCAGAGUACAGGCCAGAUGCAGUGCAAGGUCUAUGACUCUAUGCUGGCCUUGCCUCAGGAGCUGCAGGCCUCCAGAGCGAUGAUGAUCAUCGCCAUCAUCCUCGGGGUGCUAGGGGUUUUGAUCUCCAUUGUCGGCGCCAAGUGCACCAACUGCAUCGAUGACGAGCCAUCGAAGGCCAAAGUGAUGAUCAUCGCUGGUAUCUUCUUCAUCCUUGGUGGCCUUCUGGUCCUCAUCCCUGUCUCCUGGACCGCCAGCGUCAUCAUCCGUGAUUUCUACAACCCCCUCUUGAUCAGUGCACAGAGGAGGGAGCUGGGGGCCUCGCUCUACAUUGGUUGGGGAACUGCAGCCUUGCUCCUGAUUGGUGGGGCGAUGCUAUGCAGCAGCUGCCCGCCAAAAGAGAAGAAGUACAAGCCACCCCGGAUGGCCUACUCAGCCCCGCGCAGCACCAGUGCGGGUGGAGGGUAUGACAGGAAAGACUAUGUAUGAACUGCCCUGAUGUGAUUUGUAUAGUAAGAUAAAAUGAAAAUGUUCUUUGUUAAUUGCACAAUAGUGUUUUUGUUGUUUUUUUAAUGUUUGAAACCACAGGGUGAAUCCCUCAAAAGGACUCCGACAUGAAGGGAUGCAUGUACAAAUAUUGAUAUAUAUAUUCUGCUGUGCUUUGCCUAAAAUUUUCAUUUACAUAUAUUUUAAUGCCUUUCCUCAGUUAUAAUCUCUUGUUGCAGAGGCUCUCAUUUUCAGAAUAUGAAGAUGAGAGCCUAUUUUCCAGUGAAACAUAACUUUAUUCUUCCAUAUGAGCACAUUUUGUACUAAAAUCUGUCUGUGGCAUUAUGUGAAUUUGAAAACACCUGCUUUUUGUGUGUGUCGCUCUGUCAUUAGCUGUUGGCUAGCCAGUGUCAUGUUUCACUGAAACUUUCAGUUAAAACGACAAUGACAAGGAAGAGCCAGCUCUCAUUUUACAUGGAUUUGGUUGUAUGAUUGUUCAGUGUGUGCAUGUGUGCGACUGUGCGUGUGUAUGUGUGUGUGUUUUGCAUGUGAUAUUUGCUUAGGAGAGUUUCUGCUGAGACUGAAACUAAAGAUGGAUCCAUGAUAUGGCUCCAGGUAACAACCUUAUC